UAGCUUCACAUUUAGAUAACGUUGCGUGUAAUCGAUUAAUAGCAGCUCUGCAUUACACGUCCUAUGACCUACCAAGUGACAUUUCAGCGGCUGAUUAGUUAGCGGCGACUUUACAUGCUUGGAACAUUUGAUCCACUGGAACAGCUCACCGGGCGAAGGUAAAGGGAAAACUCAUAGUAUAUUAGCGCACCGCUUACAACAAAUAAAUCGAAGCGACCUUGCUGAUUGGCUUGGGAACACUGUCUUCAAUCAACUUACUAAAGACCUAUUUAGGUCAAUGAAUAAACCCUUGGGUGAAGAUGAACAAAAACCAACUCAGACCCAGCAAACUGAUGAUUUUUCAGGAUCAAUUAGUGAAAGUCGCGACCGAAAUAUAUUGACAAUUAUUGACACGAUAUUAAUAAGUGUCUUGAGUGUUUUAUUGAUCGGACUUUUGGUAUUAAUAAUCGCUCAUGCUAUUGAUAAAUUUAGAAAAUUAAGGAGAGAGAGAAAAGAGAUUAAUUUUGAUGGACAGAAGAAAAAAGUGGAUUAUAAAAAUGAGUAUUAUGAAGGAGAAGAAGGAGUUGAAUUGUUAAAUCAACAGGCGACUGACAGUGAUGAUGAUAAUACAACGAUUGAUUAGCUGGAUCAUAAGUUGUUUAAAUUAAUAAUUUAAUAUUAGCAACCUUGUCACUAUGUGACUGCCGUGACUUGUGAAAUAUAAAUAA